AUGGCGAAACAGAAAAAGAAGGGCCAAUCUGGCCAGGCCAAAAACUACAUCACCCGAACGCAAGCUGUGCGCAAAUUACAGAUCUCCCUUCCGGACUUUCGCAGACUAUGCAUCUUCAAGGGCAUCUAUCCUCGGGAGCCGCGAAAUAUCAAAAAGGCAAACAAGUCGGCCUCCCAUUCUACCACCUUCUACUACACGAAAGAUGUCCAAUACCUGCUGCAUGAGCCUCUUCUGCAGAAGUUCCGGGAACAAAAAGCCCUGUCGAAAAAGAUUGCAAGAUCUCUCGGUCGCAAUGAAGUCCAAGACGCAGUCAGACUCGAGAAAUAUGCCAUGCCCAAGAUCAAACUCGAUCACAUCGUGCGAGAAAGAUACCCCACCUUCGUCGACGCCCUGAGAGACCUUGACGAUGCACUGUCGCUUUUGUUCCUCUUUGCAAACCUUCCAUCGACCUCUGCCGUGCCCGCCAAAGUCAUCGCCCGCUGCCAACGUCUGUGCCACGAAUUUGAACAUUACCUCAUCACCACGCACACCCUUCGGAAGUCCUUCUUGUCCAUAAAGGGCAUUUAUUAUCAGGCCACGAUUCAGGGGCAAGAUAUCAUGUGGCUGGUGCCAUACAAGUUUGUUCAAAGAGUAACACAAGAUGUGGACUACAGAAUCAUGGGCACGUUCGUGGAGUUCUACUGCACGUUGCUUGGGUUUGUCAACUAUAGACUCUAUACCUCGAUCGGCUUGGUGUACCCGCCCAAGUUUGACGUGGCCAGUGACGAACGAGGGGCGGAGCUCUCGGCAUUCACACUUGAAGGGCAUCGUGUAGCUGGAGCAAUUGACCAGAAAGAGGACGAGCAGAAAAUGCUGACCAAUGGUCACGGCCAAAUUCAGAACUCAGAGACCAUCCAGGCCCAGAUUGACAAGAUUGCGCAGGAAGCUGAGGUAGAGGAUGACACGAAGGAAGAUGAAAAUCCCGAGGAGCAGGCCGACAGUGGCACCAUCGACACUUUCACGCCAGCGGCGCCAGAGGGUGACAUAUUACCGCAACCCGAUCUGACUGGGGACGAAGCUUCAACUCUGUUCUCAAAUUUCACAUUCUUCAUCUCUCGCGAAGCACCUCGCCAUUCAGUCGAGUUCCUGCUUCGAGCAUUUGGAGCCAAACGAAUUGGAUGGGACGCAGUGCUUGGAGAUGGAGCGUUCACCCACGAUGAGACAGACCCCAGAAUUACCCAUCAGAUUGUGGAUCGGCCCGCGUUGGCGCAACCUUUACCUGCUCUACAAGGGCAGAGCGACCCCAAGGACCAACCCCUCCAAGCCAUAAAGCCUGGCUACAUUGUACCUGGCCGGGUUUAUAUCCAGCCGCAGUGGAUCUGGGACUGUGUCAAUGAGGGUAAGCUUCUUAGAACGGACCUAUAUGCCCCUGGAGCUACUCUCCCGCCGCAUAUUAGUCCAUGGAUCAAACCCACCAGUGGGCAGUACGAUCCGAGGGCAACAUUAGAAGAGCAAGAGCCGGCAGGCGAAGCUGACCAAGACAUCGAAGAGGAGGAGGAGAACGCUGAUAGUGCCGAGGAAGUAGAAACAGAUGAUGGGGACGAGUCUGAGGACGGAGAAAACGAAGUCGAUGCUGGUGAUAUGGAUGUUGCCUCGGCAUCUUCAGAAGCCGAAUCAGAAGAGGAAGUUGCGGACGGUUUCGCUGGUUUCGAGGGCACAGAGGAUGCCGAUGGUUUGUCCUCGGACCUUGAUGACGAAGCCCAACAUCAGAAAGAGCUCGAAGCAGAGGCUUCAGGCCGACCCAUCCCUGUUGCUAAAUCCAAGGAAGAUGCUCGCAAAGCCAAAGCUCUCAAGGCUCGGCAGACCGCCCAAUCCAAGAAGGAUGAGGAAAUUGAGCGCCAAAAAAUGAUGAUGAGUAACAAGAAGAGGAAGCUAUUUGAGAAGAUGCAGUACUCUAACAACAAGCGGGAUCUCGAGGCAGAGAAGCUGCGUGCGAAGCGAAGGAAGCUUGAGCGGGCUGGAAAAGGGAAGGCUUGA